UACACUUUAGCAUUUGUUUGGAUUCAGCUCAGAUGGUCUGAGUUAUUUUGUGAACAACAAUUUUCCACACAUUUGGAGGAUUACAUGGAUUCAAACAAAUAUACACAAGAGUUGCUGAAACAGUUUGAAGAAUCACAAAGCAAUGUUCAGAGAGAGAAGCUGGCAGUGGCCCGGUUACAACGGGUAGUUUCAAGAAGUGAAAGUGAAGGCAUAAUGUGUGAAAAACUGAUGGAUGAAUUGGAAGAAGAGCGAUGUUUAAGGCUUGAGACUGAAAAGCGAUUACGUGAAGUUAUACUGGAGUCUGAAAGUAGUACGUCUCAGAUGCAAGCUUUGCAGGAGCAGUUUGCCAGGAUGGAAGAGACUGUAAGGAAUCUGCUCCAGAAUCAAGGCACACUAGGGCAGAGUGCAGGAGCCACCGCUGAUCUUUUAAAAGCAUGUCAGGGUAAAUUGUCAGAAGAAGCAGCAACUUGUGAGGAGACAGCAGCAAACAUUAACGCAACAACUGAUAAAUAUUCAAGCAGUGUAAGCAGCAUUGCGGAGCAAGAAAAAACAUUGCACCUUUUGGAGCGAUUACGAGCACUAGAGGCAGAGAACUCAGCCUUAGCCUUAGAAAAUGAGCAUCAGAGAGAACAGUAUGAACGAUGUCUUGAUGAGGUUGCCAAUCAAGUUGUUCAGGCAUUGCUUACGCAAAAGGAUUUGAGGGAAGAGUGCCUGAAACUGCGCACUAGGGUAUUUGAUCUUGAACAGCAAAAUCGAGCCUUGAGUGUCCUUUUCCAGCAGAGAGUUCGGCUAGCCUCUGAUUCACUUCUACAGAAACUUCACUCACGGAUCGUAGAUCUUUCAUCUGGGGACCUGUUCUCUAAUACAGAGAAGAACAGAAGCCCAAGCCAGUCAAGAGCUACAGAGACUCAAAUUCACGGAGCUCUGGAGAACACACCAAUCAAUGUACCCAUUUUAAAGUGCCAGAGUCAGGUAAAUCUGGCAAUACCUAGCCAACUUUAUCCCAGGAGCAGCUGUAGCAGCAGUGAACUCUCUCUUUCAAGUGCCUGCAGUGAACAUUCAAGUGGCUCCUUUACUUGGAAUGAAGGAAAGACAUGCAGUAAGAGGUCUUCUCUAAGCUGGGAAAAGAGACUCAGUAUUGGCUCCUCACUUUCCAGCAAUCUCUCUAGUCCUGCAGAAGAACUACCUCCAACUCGGGAAAAAGAAAGCCACAUUCUAGAAGGAUUAAAAAAGCUACAAAAGAAAAAGCCUCUGUUAGAACCAUCCUCAAUUGUGUCAAAAUGGGCUUACAAAGAUUGUAUGAACUCAAAUGAAGGAAUUUACUCUCUGGGCCUAAAAUGUCGGAAUCGCAAUAAGAGUAAAGAGCAAAUACCUCUUAAGGUUACCAAUAAAGACAUGUGCUUAGAGCAAAAUAAAACAUUUGGGUAUGAUUCUGAUUCACAUGAUGAUGCAGAUGAUGACUGUAUAGCGCUCAUAACCACAGUGAAUGAGGUGCCAAGUAAAGACUGCAAAUCAUUCUGUAAAAAACUAACACACAGUGUAUCUGAUAGUCUGUUUAGUUGGGAUGGUAGUGUAAAAUGUGUUUCGGAAAGGCUUACUCACAUAAGCUCAAGAGAAAAGCCUGAAAAGUUGACUAGUUUUGUCAGUAGCUUUCAAUCGAGUGAAAAACUAUGUACAACCAACAAGUUGCCUGUAAAGAAAUUGCAGUUCAAUUCUACCAAACUGCACUAUAAAGAUUUAACUAUCCAGCUAUCUGACACUGAAGAUAUUGAGAUGUUAGACGAACUGCGUCCGGAAUGCGAGGAAGAAAGAAGUUCUUCUGAUUUUGUAACAAGUUUAUUGACUGACAAACGGUCAGUGAGUCAUGCAAACUUACUCAGUUGCAAAAAGGCAUUCUUCUCAUCUGCAGAUAAAGAUGAAGGCCAUUUUUCAACUUGCUCUGAUAACAGGCCAAAGACUUUGAGCUUGCUGAAAGAAAAUUGUCAAGCAACCAAGGCCGUAAAAACAUCAUCUGAAGAAUGCCUUACAAUAGUGUUUGAUGCUGAAGAUGGCCAGCCAAUUAAGUUUAAUUCCCAGCAGACAGCAAGUGUCACUGUGUCUUCAAAUGAAAUUUCUAGUCCAAUUGCUUUAGAUGGGAAUCACCAGCAAACUGUUUUUGCUAAAGAUGCUGCACUAGUGCCUCAAGGGCUGAUAAGUUGUCAAAGAGGAAGUGAUGCAAGGAAUUAUACAGUUUUAGAGUCAUUGCAAGGUCAUACCGAGCAAAAACAGUUAGAAGACCCUGAAGCCAACAAGAAAAUAUUUAGUUCCAUUGUUCGUACAGAUUCUGUAAAGUCUGAAAGGCCGUUGACACCACACAUUCUUCAACAGGAUAAAGUAUUGAAGCCAACUUUUAAUGCAGCUUAUAAAUCAAACUGUGCACCUUCUGUAUCUUCCCUGCAGACAGCUUCUACUCAAAAGCCACGUCUAACCAAAAUACCUAACAGAGGCAAAAGCUCACCGCAGAAAACCUCUAAAGUAAACAGCAUUGAAGUUAGCAAUACAUUUUCAUCAUCUGGUUCUCUUAUCCAAGACAAGUCACCAUCAUUAUCAAAUGUAAAACUUACCAAAUAUUUAAAAAUGCCAAGUAUUAAUAUUAAUCACUGUUUAAAAGAUGGUUCCACCAUUCCAAAAUGUAGCCCACAACUUUCUCAAGACUCUAAAAUUGCAUUCUCCAAUGAAACGGGAAAAAACAAUGCCAAUAUAGUACAAGGAUCUUUAUUAUCCAGAAGGCAGAUAACAGAUCAUGGAGAAUGUCCCACACGAGAUAAAUAUGAUAAUUUAGAACUAGAAGAAUUAAAAUCUCCAUCACCUCCACCUCCACCUCCACCAGGGAGAUCUUCUUCUUUACUAUUUAAACCAAAUUAUGAACAUUCACUGAAUAUAGCAACAAAAACUGAAAAAUGCAUUCCUGUUGACACAAGCAAGGAUGCACCUGCAUGUUCAUCUUCAAAAUCGCAUGGAGUUACAAGUUCUGCUUCACCUUGUGUCCUGUUGACUGAAGAAGUACAAAGUCAGCAACCCCAGAAAUCUCCCGUAGAGGCUGAUUUGUGCAGGCCCCACCACGAGAAAGCAUUUCAAAACCCCCAGGAAUCAAAUGGAGUGGCUAAAGACUUGACAGUGGGCUCUUUUGAAAAAAGAUAUCUGAAGACAAAUUGUUCAAAUACUUCUCCAUCAAUGCACAUUCAACCUUGUUCUCAAACAGCUGUUAAAGCGAUUAGAAGUUUAACAUGCAUUCAUUCAAACCAAAAGGACCCAUCUCCACAAAAUACCUUUUCUGCCAAAGCAGGGCAAGUAAGUGAAAAUGGGUUCAUGUUACAAUGCAAACCAUCUAACAUUUUAUCAACAUCUUCACAGUGCCAUGCAUCAAGCAUAAAUGAAUCUUCAUCUCAGCCACAGCCUUCUUGCUCGUCUCCUUCUAGUUUUAGUAAUGGACAUACAAACGUUUACUGUUCUGAUGAAAAAAACUUGAAAACUCGAAUUCCUAUUGGACUUAAAGGAUUUUUAAAAUCUCCCCCGUUACUGAGAAAAAGUUCAACUGUACCUGGGAAGCAUGAGAAAGAUAGUAUUAAUAUCUGCUCUAAAGGAAAUGCAAUUCAAGAAAAAUCUAGGCAGGCUGAUAUAUCAAAAAAUACUAAACCUCUGGAACAAACAGAUUCAUUAGUUGAUUUUGAGAAAACAGGUGACCUUCAGGAUGGUCUUGCUGUUAAAAUAGGUUUCUCUGCAGACCUUGAAGAUAAAACAAAGCAUGACAGAAGCACAGCAGCUGGGAAUGAUGUUGAUAGCAUAGAAAUUAAGGCAUUUAAGAGGUCAAUUUCAGCUAAUAGCAAACCCAACCUUAAGCCAGCUCUAGGCAUGAAUGGUGCCAAAGCUCGAAGCCAGAGCUUCAGCAAUCAGACUGGGGACAAGCCUUCUGUUUCAGUGGUCGAUGGCCCAGGAAAGGUGCGAACCCAGAUAAUCACAAAUACAACAGAAAGAGGUAAUUCACUGACAAGGCAGAACUCUACCGGUGCAACAGAAGCAUUGCAAACUAAGCCUGCUUGUGGCACUUCAGCUAAUCAAAGUCCUUCACAUUCUCCAAGAACAGUGGAUAUUCCCUAUUCACGGCAAGUGUCAUAUGGAAGUGUAAGUAGCUCAAGCAGCCAUCAUAGCAGUCCUAGUAAGUUACCUUGUAGAACUCCACCAAAGGGUGAUGGCCAUCUUAGUUCUUUAAAGUUUGAUAGCAACCAGUCACCACCUCAGAAGGAAAUCCGAAGUCUACCUCCAAGCGAUAAAUCAAGUGAGAAAAAAUCUAAACCAAUGCCUCAGAAAGGAAAAAACGUAAUGCAGACAGGAUACGAGUCUCAGUCACCACCAAAGAUGUCUCCAAUGGAAAGUCUGAGCAAACCACCGAGUCCUUUAAAACUUAAUAUGGUAAAAGCCAUCAAGAAACAAGAGAGCCACUCAAAGAGGCCUGAAAUUUCUGACAAAGUACUCAUUUCACCUUCUGCUUCUGGGUCACAGUGUAGCAUUGAAGCGAAAGUCAUGUUGGGAAUUCAAGAAAAUAUGCAGAAGGUGCAAGGACAGGACAAGGUUCAGAUAUUGGAGAUAAAGCAGAAGACUGGGCCUUCAAUAGCCAAGUGGUUUGGGUUCCGGAAAAGCAAGUUGCCAGCACCGAGCAGUAAGAAAUCUGAUGCUUCAAAAUCCAAAGAUGAAAAGAAAGAAACCAAAAAUGGAUCUGGUUCAGAUAUCAAGCAAACAAAAGUAGACAAAAAAAAAGACAAAAGAAAAAAUGAAAAAGCCUCUGAAGAGGGGAAUGAAGUUACUAAAGAAGAUAUGAAUUGUGAUAAAAAAUUAGAUGGUGCUUUUCCAAAUAAAAGUUGUGAGAUCACACGACAUGAAACACACAACAGUAGAAAAAGCAGCCUUGCACCAAAACACCACGGAUAUGAGGAUCAUGAUGUUCCAAUGAAAGAUUCAACAAAUGACCAGUUCCUGCAGGAGCUCCUACACAGAGUUGAUAAGAAGGCUGCUCAUCAGAAGGAAAAUGGAUCAAAUCAUGUUUCCUGCAGAAACAUGUCUAAGGGCAACUCCCAUGGCUCCGUAUUUCCUAGCAACUCUAUCACUGCUCAGGCAAACCUUGGAAAGAAUUACAAAAUGAAACCAGCCACAGAGAUUCAAAAUGAAAUUCAAAAGGAGUUGCUAAUUGAUUCUGAGGGUGAAGGUGAUUCAAAUCCACAUGAAAGUUACGUUGAACUGUGGCAGCUGCAUGAUCCUUCUCUAGGGAAACCAUCUAAUUGGCAAGGUUUAAGUUAUAAGAACCAAGGGAACCAAAAGAUUAUGAGUGCCCCUGAGAAAAUAAAUCUAAAUCCAGAUAACGUGAAGGAAGCCAUCACUGAAUCUACAUGCCAAGAUCAAAUGAUAGGGUCCAGCUGUCAGAUGAGAACAUUGGACAGUGGAAUUGGAACUUUUCCCCUUCCUGAUUCUACAAACCGGGCAACAGGAAGACACGUUUCCAAAACAACAUCCUACCUUGAAUGUGACCUUUCCUCAUCCCUGCUGGAAGCACCCUAUCUGAUAAAUGUUUCUCAAAAAGCAAAAACACUUGAACGAGAAGUGCCGAACAGGACAGAAUGCAGCAGUCCUGGGCAAGAUAUGAUUGGUCAUUCAGCAUCAGAUCCUACAGUGUCUGCCAAGGCUAUACAGGCAUUUCAAAGUUGCAUUCCGAAGCCAUCUACAGCAGGUUUCCUGGUUUCUAAAUAUAAGAUACAAGAUGAUAUGAAUCAGAGUUGUAUUCCUGCCCAAUUUUCAAAUAUCUGUAAAUCUGAAAAUUCAGACCUUCCAGAGAGAAUGAAGGAAUUGCAGCAGCCAGGUACCUCUCAAGUGCUGAGUUCACAGGAGCAAGCAAUGCGUCUAUGCUCAUAUUCUGCCAGUAGCAGUGACAAUGAAACAGAAGCAGAAUUUGCAACAAAUGAAAAUGGAACUGGGGGUAAAGAAUUAUUCAACAAAAUGAAGAACAGCAAGCAUGAAAGUCAACAUCACAUUGACAAAUAUCCAUACUUUGGAAACACAUCAACAGUUAUUGGUUUCUGCCAGCCAAAUCUAUAUAUGCAUUAUGGAAAGGAAUUGCAACAUUUCAACAUUGAGCAGAUGCAUAGUGACUUAAAUGACGAUGACAAGGCAGGUGAUAUUCCAAGUAAAAUCAAACAAGCGGGAAAAGAGGGGCCAGACAUCACGUUGCCCGGUCUGCCAAGCGUCUCGUUAGACACCCUCAACAGGAUCAACUCCAAUAGUUUGCGCAUUAUAGAAGAGGACAAAAAGUGCUCACCAAAGCCCGGGGCUGAGAAGGAGAGCGUUGAGAAAAACGAAGGACCCUCAGUGAGUUCGCCUGAAAAAACUGGAGUGGACAAUCUGGAAUCACUUAGUGACUCUUUGUAUGAUAGUUUCUCAUCUUGCGCCAGUCAAACGUCGAAUGAGGUGUAGGAGUAAAACAUUGUAAAACGUAUUGAACGACCUAUGGAGCACUUAGGCCGCCAUGUCAAUAAACUCAGAACGUCUUAAAGAUGGUACCACAGUAAAAUGAUGCAGCAGUUUGAAUUGAGGCCGUACAGCAAAUGGUAAACAAAUCCCAGCUUCAGACAGUUACAGUUGUUGGCAGAAGACAUUUGAAUUAAAACUGGGAAACGCUGCCAAGCCGAUAUAGUGAAUUAACUGAUUUAAGGAAGACAAUUUUGCACUGUAUAAGUAUGUUACUGUUUCUUUCUGUAAAUUGAAAAAAUAUAUUUGUAGCAAAACCAUGAAAGCAAUAAAUGGUAAAACAAUGGUGCAAUCCUCUUUCGCUUACACAUCUCCAGCUGGACAGCCGGAGAUCACAGGUUAUAACGUUGAUUUUGCUUUUUUGCCUUUUGUUUUUGCGUUUUACUCGAAUUAAAUUCCAGCAAGAAUGAACUAUUCUACAAGUGGUGUCGUACUCUUGGAAAUAUGACGACAUUUCUGAUAGUGCGCAACCAGCUUGAAGCAGUUUUUAAAAAAAAAAUUCCAACUGUAAUAUUUGUACGUUAAGAGAUCGACGAACUCAGACCAGAAGGUGUAAAUUUUAACUCUCAGGUGACUUGAAACAUUUUUGAAGAAAAUGGACGGACGUGUUGCCCAGCUCUUCCGGGGCUCUUGUCCAUUUUCCCUUUUACUAUUGUUAUGUCUAUGUCAGGGAUGUAUGUAUCAUAAAGGAGUGUUUUUAUUUUAAAGCACACCCCAGUUAGGAACCAGCCGAACUGUUCUGAAAAAAUCUCCACUCGCCCUUUAUCUUUUCAACAACUUCGUGCUAAAUCCCAGCUGCAGUUGCUGCAGGCAAACCUUUUUUAUGAAGAAAAUAGCGCUGAUCCUGCCGGUGCUCACUGCACUUGGUGAUUCCCCCUCCCCCCUCCCUUAUUUCCUAUCAGGCCUGUGUUCAUUUGUAUGGAAAAGGUGCGAUAUUCCAAAUGGUGUGUAUUUUUUCUAGCUGUGAGAUAUUUAUAUCUACUUUUGUACAUGGAAUUGUAAAGUAGUAUAUUUGAUAUUUUCUAGCAUUCUAUUCACAAGUCUUUGGUUGAAACGGCUGGUAAAGUGUACCAAGUGUACAAAUUUCGAAAUUUUGCGGUACCAACAGUGUUACUUCAGUAUCUGGUGCAAUCUUAGAGUGUUUAUAUUAGAAAUGAAUGUCAUAUUUUCAUGU